UUUUCAGUUUGCGGUCACGCUGCUGGAAACGACGCUGAAGCGACGUCGGGAGUUUUUGGACAAAUAAAAUAUAAUGCUGAAAUUGAAAGCAGCAGCCGAAAAACAAUUGCAAUGUGUGCAAAUGCAAGCAAUAAUCAAUAUGUGUGUUAUUAACAAAGUGCGUGUGUUAAGCAAAAAGUGCGAUCUGUAGGCGUUGGGUGUGAGAGAGAGAGAGAGAAAACACCAACCAGCCAGCCAGCCGAGGCUCGAAAGAGAGCCACAAGCCAGAAGAGCAAGCACACACACACACACACACACACUCACACACAUCUAUAUACAGAACAUGGAAUCGUCCAUUAAGCUUAAGGAGAGCAACAGUAACAGCAACAGCAACAGCAACAACUCGAAUGGGAAUCAAAAUGCGAUCCAACUCUGCUGCAAUGGUUCAACGGGUUCAAGCAGUACAACUGCAGUUGGCAUUUGCAGCAGCGAUAGCUUUAGCAGCAUAAUGCCACCAACGGGGGCAGCAACGGGAGCUGCAGCUGCAACGCCACGUGACCACGAACUCGUCAGCGCCAACAGCAUCGAACUGAAUGCGGCGGCAUCGCUGAGCGAUGACAGCGGCGUCCCUUUGACCACCAACAGUUCCAUUUCCAGCGGCGACUCCUAUCGCAUUGGCAUGUGCAAGUUUGAAAUCGAGAUGGUGGAAAGCGAUGGCGAGGUCUCGCAAUUUGAUUCACUGGACAAUUGCUCGGAGGGCGGCAUGAGUGCCGAGAACUUUAACACACUGAAAAAGGGUCCCUUGGCACCCAUUGAUCCGCCGCCCGAAUUCCAGGAUUCGCCACAGACCACGCUGGUGCGUUCCAUCUCGAAGAACAUUGUGAAUAGCCUGCGCCGUUGGACAUCGUCGCAAUCAUCGUUCGAGCAUCUGAAGGAUGAUGUGACCAUGGUCAGUGCUGCUGCUGCGGCGGCCAACAGCCAGGAGCUAAUGCUGUUGCUGGCCAAGCCCAGCUGUCAAGACAACGGCGGCAGCAGUAGCAACCACAACAGCAACCACAAUCACAAUCACAUGGCCAACAGCAGCACAAUCACAGCGACGGCAGCAGCAACAACAACAGCAGCAGCAAUGUUGCCAGGUGGCAACAGCAGCAGCAACCACGGCGGCGGCGGCGGCAGCAGCAAUGCGGCAACCACACAAUUGCUGUGCGGCGCUGAGCGUACGCUUAAGGAAUCGUAUGCCCUCAAUAAGCAUCUGUACUCAAGUGAUUCGAUACUCAAUAGCCAUACGGAUAACAUUUACGAUGAGCCCAAUAAUAUCAUAAGCAGCUCGCUGGGCAACAGCAUUGAUCUGCUUGACGAGGACGAAGACGAUGACGAGGAUGAGGAGGAAGAGGAGGAGGAGGCCGAGGCCUCGGAGCAGAGCAGUUGUUCGCCAUCGUUGCCAUCACCGCCGCCGCCCGUUUCGAUCAUUAAGAUUAAGCAGACGCUGUGUCCCUACUAUCAGGAUCACACGCGCUACUUUAAGGCCAUACCCACGGAGCAGGAUAGCAUUGCCAGUGCGAAGGCGGCGGCUGCACAGCAGCGAUUCAACAGCGCUGGUCUCUCGGAGAUUCACGACUACGAUCUGUACUACGGAGCGCGCAGUCGGCAAUCCCAGACUCAAACGCAGACGCAGACUCAGCAACAGUCGCAGCAGCAGCAGCAACAACAAACGGAUAACAACAGCAGCUUGCAGCGGAGACAGCUGCUUUACAGUCCGCUGGGUCACACGAGCCACUGUCACUAUCAUUCGCACUACAAUCACCAUCCGCAUCAGCACUAUGGCCAUCACCAUCAUCACCAUCAUCAGCAUCAUCAUGGCCAGCGUCCCAAUUCGCGCAACUCGCUCAACAGUCGCCUGAGCAGUUCGCACAAUUCGCUGAACGUGUCGUCGGCCAAUAAGCCGGAUGAUUCGAUCUUCAUAACGCAAGCGAUGUCGCACGAUGCGCUCUUCACGCGUGAGAUAUCCGAUUUCUAUAAUGUGCCCAUCGAUUCGGAUAUCUAUGCCUUUCCCGUCGACAUGAUUGAGCAGCAGCAGCAGCUGCUCGAGAAGCAGCAGUUGCUCGACAAGCAGAAGCUCGAACAGCAGCAGCAGCAGCAACUGGAGUUGAAUGGAGUUGGAAGCAAACAGCAGCCGGCUUACCACAAGGCAGCGAGUAGACGCAACAAGCGCAAUAAGCGCAAGCAACGCUAUGCUUCGGGUGCGGCGACCACGACGACGGCGGCCGAGACGAGCGACGAUUGCGGUGGAGGUGGCGGUGGAGGAGGAGGAGGCGGCGGUGGCGGUGGCAACAAGCAUGGCAAAUAUCGUACGCCAGUGAUGCAGAGUGACACGGAACCGCUGCACAUGACGCUGGACGAGGUGAAGCAGUUCUAUCACACACUCUACUCGGAUGCUGGCAAAUCCUCUUGGUGCAGUGGUGCUGCAAGUGGCGGUGGCGGCGGAGGAGUAGGUGGUGCUGGAGGUGGAGGUGGAGGAGCGGCAACAGCAAAGGCAACAAAGGGGAUGGGCGUCAAGUCGAGCAACGAGACGAUCUGGAGCGUGUCGACGAGUGCGACAAGCACAACAAACACCACCACAACGACGGCACGCACGCGCAGCAGCAUCGGCACCACACGGACCAGCGGAGCAGGUGGCGGGGCAAAUAGUGGCGAGAGCAGCGCCAAGUAUCUGAGCAAGCAGAACAAACAGCACAACAUUGACAAUGAUAAGCUCAACAAUAACAACAACAACAACAUCAAUAACAUCAACAACAGCAGCAGCAGCAACAAUUAUGCCCAACAACAGCAGCAACAACAACAGACGCCUGCAGCCGCAUUGCCCACCUCAUCGGACAAGCUGCUUGCCCCAAGCGAGCAGCAGACGAACAACAAGCACGUGCUGCACACGGAGAAGAAAUCGCAGUUCUCGCUGAAUCUUAAGCAAAAGUUCUGCAGCAUUUUUCGCUUUCGCCGCAGCAACAAUCACAAUCGUUGCAAUCGCAGCAAUGCGAGCAGUGCGACAACUGCAGCAGCCAAUGUGACAGCAGCUGCCGCGUCAGCAGCAGCAUCGGCAGCUGCCUCAUCGUCGACGUCGUCGUCAACGCCCGCCGGUUGUGCGGCAAAUGUCACAGAUGCCGAUGCAGAGCAGCGCAACGAAACGAAUGCCGAUCUGCGCAAAAAGUUUCAAUCGCGCGCCUUGCCGCCAUUGCCAAAAAAGGCUUAUGCCAUUGAUGCCGCCGAAACGGAGACUGAGGAUCCAAAGAAAAGCAACGUUGCCCAAGAGCCGCGUGCGCUGCAGUUUACCUCCAGUAUUGAGAAGGUCAAGGACUAUGGCUGGUACUGGGGUCCACUGUCCAGUGAGGCGGCCGAGAAGGUGCUCUCCAAUGAGCCGGAUGGAUCGUUCAUAGUGCGCGACAGCUCCGAUGAUCAUUACAUAUUCUCGUUGAGCUUCAAGCUAAACAACUGCGUGCGCCAUGUGCGCAUCGAACAGGACCAGGGCACAUUCUCGUUUGGUUCGUAUGCCAAGUUCAAAUCCCAAACUAUAACCGAGUUCAUUGAGAAGGCCGUCGAGCAUUCGCGUAGCGGCAGAUAUUUAUUCUUUCUGCAUCGUCGGCCGGAGCAUGGACCAAUGCGUGUGCAAUUAACCAAUCCCGUAUCUAGAUUUAAGCAUGUACAAAGCUUGCAGCAUAUGUGCAGAUUUGUUAUACUAAAGGCGGUUAUACGAAAAGAUCUAAUACAGACAUUGCCAUUACCCAGAAGACUUCUAGACUAUCUUAACUAUAAGCAUUGCUACUCCGAGCAGGUGGAGAGCGAUAGUUCUCACUCGCAGAUUUCUGGCGAUGGAUCCAUGUAAAAUUCGGUGAAUGAAUGGAGGAUGAUAAUUAAUUUGGGACACGAACAGGAACAGUAUGCUGCGUCGACAUAAGCGAAAGCAAACAGAAAUUAUUACAUUAUAUAAGUAGUAGAAUUUAAAACAAACAAAAACAAAAACAGAUAAACAAAUGAUACAGCAAACAGCAAGAGCAAAGGCAUUUAAAACGUUCGCGGAAUGAACAAGAAUGCAAAGCAAUGCAGCAAAGAGUUGUUACGAAAAAAAAAAACCAAAAACAAACGACAAAGAAAAAACAAAAUUCAAAACUCUGUUUAUUGAUAAUUUUUUGUACUCGGUGCUAUACUAUAAAUAUUAACUAAUUAAUGAAAAGUAAACGCAAAAAAAAACAAAACACAAAAACGUAAACGAAAAGGAAAAACAAAAGAAAAUAUUAUAUAAAUUGAUA